GAGUGUUUCUAUUCCUGCCUUGUGUUAAUUAGAUGUUCACAUUUUUUUCGGACGUACCUAAAUGCCACUCGUAGUCAUCAAUGUGGCACGGCUGCGAUCAUUUCGUUGCAAACGACGCAGAGUGAGGUGGUUUACUUAAUUAAUUUUGCUUAAAUGAGCACAUUUUGAAGCCAAUAGCAAAGGAGCUUCGGCAAAAUGGAAGUGCCCUUCUCAACGGCUACGCUGUGGAAAUAUGUCUUCCUGGUGUUGAAUUGUUUGAUCACUGCCUUCGAUGUUCUCCUCAUCUCUUGCGGCGUCGUUUCAUUGGGCGGCGCCGGAUCCUUAGGCGGUGCAUAUACGGCAGCUUCUAUCGGCUUCCUAGCAAUGUUUAUUGCAUUCAUGGGUGCUAUGGCGUCGGUGCGUCAGUCGUUAAUGCUGUCAUGGGCGUACAUUGUGGCCACAGUGAUGUGCAUAAUUCUGCAAACGAUCUGUUUGAUUGCAUUCGGCAUUCUAAAGGAUGAUUUAACAAUAAUGGCGGCGAAACGUGUGCAAGGUAUUUGGAAUGAACGGCCAGAUACGCAGGAGGUGUUGGAUGAAAUUCAAGAGCAGCACUACUGCUGCGGUCGCGAUAGUCCUCAGGAUUAUUUGCCGGACAAACAACAAACUCUGCCGAAUAGUUGUUGUCGCUGGGGAAAUUGCUCUGAAGAUAAGAAUAUCUAUGCCAAAGGUUGUGUUGUUGCAGUGACUACUUUUUUCAAUGAACAAAGUGAUAAUCUUGUCUUGAUAAUUGUGGGACUAAUUGCUUUUCAGGUCUUAGGAGUAAUCUCAGCCUAUUAUUUCACACGCAGCAUGGAAAAUCUCAAACAGAAGCGUGAAAAAAUCAUCAUUAAUGAAUAAUUUGAUACUUUAUGUGUGAGCUUUUGGCCAGUAUAAUGUAAUAAAUAAUUUAAAAUUAAAGAUACAGCAUACAUAUGUAUGA